AUAAGUAAAAAGUGAGCUCCUCGGACGCACGACAACACACCAACUGAAGUGGAAAGCGGCUCCUGUUCUGCUCCUUAUCCCAUUUCGGACGCUGAGUACAAGGCGGUACGGCUUCAGACUGCUGCAGGACAGACUCAAAAGGAAGAAGUCAGAGUUAAGAAGACCGUCUCGCCUCUGGCUUUUGCGUUAAGUUUGCCCACUGAUCUUUUCUUUUUGGCUCUUUAUGUCAGCGAAUUAGUUUCCGACUUUGUAGUGAUUAUUGGUGGAAAGGUGGAAAGCAUCAAUUUCCGUUUGCCAUCUCGAAGACUACAUUUAACUAAUGACGGCAGAGGUCCAGCAGCCCCCAGCGCAGACUCCUGCCCAGAGCAGCCCGAUGUCUGCUCCGGAGAAGCCGCACGGACAGACGGGGGUGAUGGAAACCGCCUCCUCCACUACGAAAACCAAAAAGACAAACGCAGGGAUCCGCAGACCUGAGAAACCUCCAUAUUCAUACAUAGCUUUAAUAGUGAUGGCUAUCCAGAGCUCACCAACGAAGCGCCUGACUCUCAGUGAAAUAUACCAAUUCUUGCAGAGCCGCUUCCCGUUUUUCAGGGGCUCCUACCAGGGAUGGAAGAACUCCGUGCGUCACAACUUGUCCCUGAACGAGUGCUUCAUUAAGCUGCCCAAAGGCCUCGGUCGGCCUGGCAAGGGCCACUACUGGACUAUCGACCCAGCUAGCGAGUUUAUGUUCGAGGAAGGCUCCUUCAGAAGGAGACCCAGGGGUUUUAGGCGCAAGUGCCAGGCGCUGAAGCCCAUGUACAGCAUGAUGAACGGCCUGGGAUUCAACCACAUCCCCGAGUCCUACAACUUCCAGGGGAGCGGCGGGGGCCUGUCCUGUCCGCCCAACAGCUUGUCUCUGGACAGUGGGAUUGGGAUGAUGAAUGGACACUUGGCAGGUAACAUGGACGGGAUGGGUCUGUCCGGGCACACCAUGUCACACUUGUCGGCCAACAGUGGACAUUCCUACAUGGGAAGUUGUACAGGAUCCACUGGCAGUGAUUAUCCCCAUCACGACAAUUCCGCAUCCCCCCUGCUCACCAGCGGAGGAGUCAUGGAGCCUCACCCAGUGUACUCGAGCUCAGCCUCGGCGUGGGCUCCGGCCCCCUCGGGCUCGCUGAAUAACGGGGCCUCCUACAUAAAGCAGCAGCCUCUGUCUCCAUGUAAUCCAGGUGCCAACCCGCUGCAACCGAGCUUGCCCACACAUUCACUAGACCAACCUUAUCUGCACCAGAACGGGCACAGCACUACAGAUUUACAAGGUAUUCCUCGGUACCAUUCCCAGUCUCCAAGCAUGUGUGACCGAAAGGAGUUCGUCUUCUCGUUCAACGCCAUGACGUCCUCGGCGAUGCAUUCACCGAGCAGCGGCUCUUACUACCACCACCAACAGGUCGCCUACCAGGACAUCAAGCCCUGUGUCAUGUGAUGCCUCCACGGACAAUCUGCAGACCAGAGGACGGCGUCACAGACUUGAGCCAUGUAGCAGAGUGAACAGAAACGAGAACAAACGAGUAAAAUAACCACUGCGAGACAGAGAGGCCUGCCCCGGCCCCGGAGAGUGCGCCCUGCUUCAAGCAGACCGGACUACUUUUCUGUACUUUUCUACACAGCGACAAAGACACGGAGACAGGCCAAUCACAAAACAACCACAUAAUAAUAAUAAUAAUAAUAUAUAAUAAUAAAAACUUUUUCAUGCCAUCAACAUCGGCCAGCGGGGUAAAGACUGGCUGUAUGAAACCCUGCUGCUGUUUGGUACUUAGUCCUGCAGAGCGGAUGACUACCACUUCAUACUUUUGUUAAUGUUUAAUCUUCUUGUUAAAGUAGGCCAAUGUAAAAAUGCACACGUCCAUUUUCUCCGUCUGAACGUUUUACUUUUCUUUGACAAAUUAGACCGAGGCUCUUUUUUGGGGACUUUCAUACCAGCGUUGAAUUUUGAAAUGAACGAUUACGGGCAUCACAUAUAGGACAUGUCCAUGUAUACUGUAUAAAAAUGAUGAAGGCACUUUUUGAAUAGCCUAUAAGCGCAACUUUUUAUUUAUUCUGUAGGCCUACAUAUUUUAAUUUCAGGCGAAUUGGCCAAGGAGGUAUAUGCUUUAUUGGCAAUAUUUGUCAGGACGCUUGUUAUUUGUUUUAAAAUGAAAAUUGAGGAUAUAUUGUAAGCACUGUUAUGUCGUUUGUGUUAGAUAUAUGUAGACCAUUACUUUCAGCACUGUAUACUUAUAUAUUGUUAGGAAUAUUAGCAAGGGUCCAUCAAUGAGGGCUAAUCUUUAGGCUAUAUUACAGCAAACCCUUUGUAAGAAAUAAAAUAUAUCUGUUGGGCUGUUUAAGCCUAAAUCCACAAAAUACAUAGGCUUAUUUCGAUUUCAUCACACAACCACAAUUCACGGGAAAUGUUUCCGGACACUGCAAAUGAAUGUCCCACUAUGUUAAUGUCUGUAGAUCUCAGGUCAAGCUGAUGGGUCAUUUCUUUUUUUCCCCCCAAAAACAGAAACAUCACAACAUUUAUCGUAAUUCGACAGGAUUCAUAUAUACAUGUAGACGUUAGACUUGCAAUUGAUUAAUUAAACCAAACUAAAAAUGAGGGUAAACUGAGUGCAUAUGGUUUUAAUUUAGUAAACAUUUCGUGAUACUGAAGGCGAAAAUGUAAAACGAUGUAAGGUCCACACCACAGAAAUAUGCUGAAUAUCACAGUGGUGUCUUGUUACAAUGCAAUAAAUGAUUGAGGCCAAAGUC